AUUAUUGGGAAGUGAAGCCAUCACAGGAUGACAUCGCCUAUUUUAAUCCUGAGUCUAGGUCUGCUCCAUUGGAGCAUUUCGCCCGUCUGGUCACAGAAUAUGCCCACUGAUGUGAUGGACGCCGUCGAUCAAAUGCAGGAGAUCUUCGAAAACAAUAUGCAGGGCCCACAAAGUUCGGAGUAUGGUGACGGGACAUUCAAUGGAACGCCCUUUCUACCCGAACAAGCAUCGAACAUCCAAAACUUUGGCGGUUAAUUUCAAUUCGAAUUCCAAUUCAUAGUACUACUCUAAAGCAACGCCAUGUGGCUAAAUAUUAAAUUAAAUUGAAGAGUGUGUCCGCAACUUUUUCCCUCGUAU